CGCAUUAAAAAAUGGGUGCACGUUUUGAAGUUUGAACUCCACGUAUUUUUUACGUUCUGCUUCAAUUCCAAUUCUUUUGCCGCCCCCUCUUCUUCCUCUCUGCUUCAUCCAUGGUGUCGGCGAUCUUCGCCUGAAACUCUAUUCAAAUCCUCACGCAGUGACGCUACUUCUUCAUCUUCUUUACACAGCUUCAUGAAGCAACCGAUCGUUUAAUCAAUCAUUUCUUUUGCUUAAUUCGAAAUCCGAUAAUCACGAUUACCUCCGCCUUCGAUUCAAGUGACAUAACUUCCUGCUACCUGACCCUAGUGAUGUCUUUUUCUAUCUCCCUCAAAUUACACUGUCAUCAACCACUUUAAGAAUGUAUUUUAGCUGAGACUAAUUCUAAGAAAGCUAAUUGGAAAGUAUUGGAGGGGUGGAACUCAUCAAAUGGAGAAUUAUGAAAUACUAGAACAGAUAGGAAAAGGCUCUUUUGCUUCUGCACUACUUGUGAGACAUAAACAUGAAAAGAAAAGGUAUGUGUUGAAGAAGAUUCGACUUGCCCGACAGUCUGAUAGGACCCGCAGAUCUGCCCUCCUUGAGAUGGAACUUAUUUCCACAGUGCAAAAUCCUUUUAUAGUGGAGUACAAAGAUUCUUGGGUUGAAAAGGGUUGCUAUGCAUGUAUUGUAAUAGCAUAUUGUGAAGGAGGAGAUAUGGCGGAAGCAAUAAAAAAAGCCAACAGUGUUCAUUUUCCAGAAGAGAAGGUCUGUAAAUGGCUUGUUCAAUUACUAGUGGCACUUGAUUAUUUGCAUGUUAAUCAUAUUAUUCAUCGUGAUGUCAAGUGUUCAAAUAUAUUCUUAACCAGAGAUCAAGAUAUCCGACUUGGUGAUUUUGGUCUUGCAAAAAUGUUGAUUUCUGAAGAUCUUGCAUCAUCGGUUGUGGGGACUCCUAGCUACAUGUGCCCUGAACUUCUUGCAGAUAUACCUUAUGGGUCUAAAUCAGAUAUAUGGUCUUUAGGAUGCUGUAUGUAUGAAAUGACUGCAUUCAAGCCUGCUUUUAAAGCUUUUGACAUGCAAUCUCUCAUCAAUAAAAUAAAUAAAUCUAUAGUAUCUCCACUCCCAACCAUGUACUCUGGCACAUUUCGAGGGCUUAUCAAGAGUAUGCUGCGGAAAAACCCUGAAAUGAGACCAAGUGCUGCUGAUUUGCUCAAACACCCACACCUUCAACCUUAUGUACAUAGCCUCCAUCUUAAUUCCAACAACCCUAGACGCCAUACACUUCCAGUUCCAGUUCCAGUUCGUUUAUCAUCAGGUUACAACUACGAAAAGAGAACAACGUUCAUUGAGCCUGAACCUAAAACUGUUCAUCUUCACAAUGAAAAAAGACGAUCUUUCAGCAGUGACAGGGCUUUGAACCCUAGUAUAUCUGAAUAUGAUCAGAAUUCCUCUUACUCUCAGAAUUCCCAUAGAAAGCUAUCCAUUGGAAGUAUCGAGGAAUAUAUCCACACUGAGAAAUUAGUUGCUGCUGCUAAGACAUUAAAUGGUGGCAGAACCCCGAGAGUCACUCCUGCUUCUACUCCCAGAAGACAAACUGUUGCACCCAAAAUAAUCAGAGGGACUUCAGAUCGUGAUUUGGUUCCAGUAUCACAAACAGUAACACCGCGUAGACAAUCAUCAUCAUCACAAAUAAGCCGAAGGACAUCUCUACCCUUAUCAUCAUCAGCAAGGUCCACAAUAAUAUCCCACUUAGGUUUCGACUCUCCAGAUGUAUCCAUGAACGCCCCACGGAUCGACAAAAUGACCGAAGAGCCCUUACCCUUGAUCCGACCAGUCAACAGAGCGUCUUCAACAUCCGCUCAAUGUUCUUCCGGAACUUCCCCAACCAGAACCACCAUCAUGGACCGGUCAGUCACAAUCGACAAGUGCACGGUGAAGACGGUGAACCCGAUCCCGAGCCAUGAGUUGUUGGCCGGUUCGAGCCGUUCGUCGUCGGAUUCACGGGGGCAAGGGCAGAGGCGGAGGUUUGACACGUCAUCGUAUCAACAACGCGCGGAAGCGUUGGAAGGGUUGUUGGAGUUCAGUGCACAGUUGAUGCAACAAGAAAGGAUAGAGGAAUUAGCGGUGUUGUUGAAGCCGUUUGGGAUUGAGAAGGUGUCGCCUAGAGAAACCGCUAUUUGGUUAUCAAAAAGUUUCAAGGGAGCUGGAACUGGAACUGGAACCGGAGGCAGUGUUGUUGGUAAUUUGUAAUUUGUAAUUUGUUUUUUGGAUUUUUGUAAUUGUGAAGAUUGUAGUUGGAAUGAGGCCAAGGUGAUUAUGAACGACUCGUUCAUGGAAACAAGUUUCGGAUU